AAAAAGAAUAAAGAAGUCAUCAGCUAAUUCUAGAUGCAAGUUAUUUAAAAAUGUUUUUUCUUAUACUGUAGUAAUUACAGGCAUUAGGGUAAAGAACAAUUAAAAUUACGACUUCUAAACACUUGACGAUAAUUAAAAAACUAACGUGAACGAAAUUAACGUGCUAUUUGAAGGGAAAAAAUCAUGUCGUUGACGAGGUUAGGUUUUCUCUCCAGAAAUGUAUUUAAUUUUUCACAAAGGCUCACCAUCCAUACGAUAAAACGAAACCAGUCUUCAAAACCCAUAAAGCUACAAGAGGAAAUUGAUUUGGAUAAACCUGUCGAGUAUUCAAAAACAGAAGCUGCAAAGUGGUUGGCAAAACACACUCGUGAACCAGAGGAAAAUAAACCCCCUUAUCAAACCUACGUCAUAUCUGGAUCCCUCGCUGUUUUUAUGGUAUAUUUCUGCAUUCUAAGGGAAGAAAAUGAUCUUGAUUUAUUAAUAGAUAGGCCGCUUGAUGAGGUUCUCAAAAAUUUAAACAAAAGCAAGUAGAUGUAUAAUUUUUAAAAUUGUAAGUCAUUUUACCUGGCCAAAACUGUGGUCAAUACUUUGAAAUAGAGAUUGUAAAUAAAUUGUAA